AUGUGUGCUAGAUUCUUAUAUCAUGGAUCUAUUGCUGAGAAGAAGCUCCAUCUUAUAUCCUGGAAGAAUACUACCAUGCCUUAUUGCUUGGGGGGUCUUGGCAUCCCUGACAUCAAAUCCAUGUAUUUUGGGUUUGCUAGCACUUUUCUUUGGAGAUUCUACUUAUUUAAUACUCCCCUUAAUAGCUGGUACAAGUUGAAAUUUGAUUCACCUUUUAAACCCAUUAGUUCUAAGGCCUCCCCUUACUGGAAACUUAUUUGCUCUACUGCUAUUUCUAUUAAGAACUCUCUGAAAUUUCAUGUUACUGAUUCGGAAUACUCCCUGUCUCUCAAUUGGGACCCUUGGGUGAAUGGGCAAUCUCUAGCUGAUCUUAAUUUGCAUUGUUUCCCGCCUGACAUGAUGGUGUGCAACCUGGUGGCUAAUGGCGUUUGGGAUUUGAGAAAUGUUCCUGUUCAUCUGCAACAACUUUUUAACUCUAUGCCGAUUCAGGUGGGAGGAAAUGUGAUUUCCUGGACUGGUAAAGGUGUACCUAAUUUCAAAACUUUUUCUAGGAAAUUUUUUGGGGACAUUUCUGAUGUCCCUUGGCACAUUUAUAUUUGGCAUAAGCAUUUUGCCAUCCGCUACUCUUCAUACGCCUGGCUUGCCAUUAAUGGGGGACUUAAAACUGCUGAUGUUUUAGCUGCUAGAAGGAUUCAUAUUAACACUCGUUGUUACUUUUGCCAUAAUGAAGAUGAAUCCACCUCCCACCUGUUUUUUCAAUGCCCAUUCUCUUUCUCGGUCUUACACGCAUUGAUCCCCGAUGUGGGAUGUUUCCUUCUUAGGCCUACCAUUAUGCAACUCUUUGAAUUUUAUGAGGAUUAUCAAGUUUUUGGUGCUGCUGAACGAAAUUUCUGCUACCUCUCUACUUGCUGUAUGGUUUAUUUCCUUUGGAGGGAGAGGAAUGAUAGGAGGUAUGGUGGCAUGUUUACAAACCACUUUCCCCAACUGUUUUUCUGGGGGCUUUUACCAACAGGCAGAGAAUUUUUGAUGUCCCAUGGCAAUGAUGAUUUGGUACACUUCCCUGGACGGCCUUCGUCUGCCACUGAUGCUGCUUUCCCCUUUUUGGCUGUUGACUUGGUCUGGUACUUCGUCGGCAACCGGGAAGACAUUCGGGCUCCUUUUGGUGUUGAACAUUUUGUUCAGCUAGUUUUUUAG